AUGAGCAAAAUAUCGGAAGAGUGGGUAUCAUCGGCGCCAGGUGCCUCCGGGCGCAAGCUAAUCCAGGUCCCGCUUCCCGUGUUGGAAGCCCUCGCAAACGGGGACCUUGAGUCUGCUAACAGCCUCUCCCCGCACCACCUAACGCCGUAUCUCAUCUCCAGCGAGUGCCGCGGCGUGUGGGGCAUGCGGCGUGACCAGGUCACUGCUGACCCUGGGGAUGGCGUUUGGGUGACUCGGCUUCUCGUGGACAUGGCGACUGGCGCUGUGGUAGGUCGUGCGGGGUUCCAUGGGCCGCCGGACCAGGUGGGGAUGGUUGAGAUAGGCUAUGCCAUUGAUCAUUUGUGUCGACGGCAGGGACAUGCGCGGGCUGCACUUGAGAUCCUCCUCGAUAUUGCUGCGGGAGACUCGCGCGUGAAUGUCGUUCGUGCGUCAGUUCGGCCAGACAAUCUGCCAUCGAGGGCGCUGAUUGAUCAGUAUGGGUUUACUGUGGUGGGCGAGCAAUGGGACGAUGAAGAUGGACUUGAAGUGGUUCUGGAACUCUUGUUGUGA